AUGUCAUUUAACCUAAAGCAAUGGAGCUGGGUUCUUGGGUCAUUCGCAAUGCUUGCCUUGCUUUCCUUGUCCCGUGACGAUCACGGUUCCGUCAGGACCUCCCCAGUAAGAAGAGAACUAAAGAGCAUUUCUAGACAAGAUAAUACGUACAAUCAGAUGCUAUCGAAGACUGAUAAUCAGGUGGUGCUUAAUAAUGGCCUUGUCCAACUCACUUUUUCUUAUCCGGGAGGAGACGUCAUUGGAAUCAAGUACAAGGGAAUUGACAACUUGCUUGACAUCAAGAACCAGCCAAGCAAUAGAGGGUACUGGGAUCUUGUCUGGAACAAGCCGGGAGAAAAAGGUGGUGUGGACAAGCUACAAGGAACAAGAUUUAAAGUUAUUUCAGCGACGGCAGACCAAAUAGAAAUUUCUUUUACUAAAACCUACAGUCCUUCCCUCGGUAACGCCACAGUUCCCUUGAAUGUUGACAAAAGGUACAUAAUGCAGCGCGGUCGCUCUGGGUUCUACGCCUACGCCAUUUUCGAGCGCCUCAAAGGGUGGCCGGAGGUGGAUAUGGAUCAAAUUAGAAUUGUUUACAAGCUUCAACAAGACAAAUUUCGGUACAUGGCUAUAUCCGACGACAGGAAAAGGUUCAUGCCAACAGCCGAUGACCGUGCAAAUGGUCAGCCCCUUGCCUAUCCCGAAGCUGUUCUUUUAACCAAUCCCAGCAAUCCUGAAUUUAGAGGAGAGGUGGAUGACAAAUACCAAUACUCAAGUGAGGACAAAGAUAACAACGUCCAUGGUUGGAUAUGUAAAGACCCAGCUGUGGGCUUCUGGAUCAUCACACCCAGUGAUGAGUUCCGUACCGCUGGGCCCUUCAAGCAGGACCUCACCUCCCAUGUGGGCCCAACUGCCCUCUCUAUGUUUGUUAGUACCCAUUAUGCUGGGAAGGAAGUUGGAAUGACAUUUGAAGAUGGUGAGGCAUGGAAGAAGGUUUUUGGGCCCGUCUUUAUCCAUCUCAAUUCAGCUCCAAGCUCAAAUGAAUAUCUCACACUCUGGGAAAAUGCUAAAGAGCAGUUGGUUGAAGAAGUGCAAAGAUGGCCAUACAAUUUCACUCAAUCAAAAGACUUUCUCAGCUCUGAUCAGCGUGGAUCCGUUGCCGGUCAAUUACUAGUUCGGGAUCGGUACAGGAAUAAGAGGCUUAUUUGGGCAAGCUCCGCUUAUGUGGGAUUGGCUGCACCUGGAAAUGCAGGAUCAUGGCAAAAGGAAAGCAAGGGUUAUCAGUUCUGGACUCAAGCCAACAAACAAGGUUAUUUCCUCAUUAAAGAUGUUCGACCUGGGAACUAUAGCUUGUAUGCAACUGUUCCUGGCUUUAUUGGGGAUUACAAAUAUGAGGCUAAUAUUAUAAUUGAACCAGGAAGUGAAAUUAAGUUGGCUGAUCUUACUUACGAACCUCCAAGAAAUGGCCCCACCCUGUGGGAAAUCGGCAUCCCGGAUCGAUCAGCUGCUGAGUUCAACGUACCAGAUCCGUCUCCAACCCUUAUGAACCAAUUGUACACCAAUCACACAGAGAAGUUUAGGCAAUACGGCUUGUGGGAACGAUACUCAGAUUUAUACCCUAACCAUGAUCUCAUCUACACCGUUGGUACUGACAAUUACCCUGAUGAAUGGUUCUUCGCUCAUGUGACGAGGAACACAGGAAAUCAAACGUAUGAACCAACCACAUGGCAAAUUCGAUUUCAACUUAAUAAGGGGGCGAAUCCUGGAAGUUAUACACUGCAAUUGGCAUUGGCCUCAGCCACUAAUGCAGAAGUGCAGGUUCGGGUUAACGAUCGGAGCGCAAACCCACCUCAUUUUACAACAGGGCUAAUCGGGAAGGACAAUGCCAUAGCAAGACAUGGAAUUCAUGGUUUGUACUGGUUGUUCAGUGUUGGUCUACAAAACGAUCGGCUACAAGAAGGAAACAACACCAUCUAUCUUACUCAGUCAAGACACAAGACAACUUUCGACGGCGUCAUGUAUGACUAUCUGCGAUUAGAAGGACCUCCUCAAGAGUGA